AUGUUUUCGUCCUCUACAGCGUUGUAUCAUGAGAAGUGGGCGCUUCUUAUAAAAUCGGAGGUAAUGGACACAUCUUCGCAGGGAUUACGUAAGCAGUUGAAUGAACUGAAGGAUACUGUUGAACGGCAUGACACCAGAAUAGCCGAAAAUUCGCAGCGCAUUGAGGUCAACGGACGCAUGGCUCAUUCAUUCAGCGUACGCAUUUUUGGAUUUGAUUUUGGCAAAUACAGAGUGGAAUCACGCGAGAAUGACGGCAUUACCACAGUGAAAGUGACUAGGCCCGCCGAUCUUUUCCGAUUACUUCUCAGCGAUGGUAUGCGACGAUCUGAAAAUGAGAUAAAUUCCCUCCAAAUUCAAGCUCUGCAUUGGGUCGGCCGUGAGCCUCACAAAUUUAUGGUCGUCCGUCUCCUUACAUCCGGCGAUAGGCGGCUGUUUGACAGCUGGAAGCGUUUCCUCUCCAAAGGCUUCGCUCCUCAUGGCCGCUUAAUUACUAUUCGCAACGACCCGACCAAAAUGCAGUAUCUCUCAGCUCAACACGCGAAAGAGCAGUCGAAACGUUUGCAGGCUAAUGGCGUCUACGCCGUUGCCUCCGACGACCGAAUUGGUAUCGGUGCGCCUCCACGCCGACUCUGGUUUCAAGCGGAAUAUCCGUAUUUGCAGCAGCUCUUAACCUCGCCACAGCCGUAUUCAACAGUGUCUACCGCCCAAUAUUUCAGUGAUGCUUGUGACCUUUCUCAAAAAAGCGUGUGGGUCAUCAUUGGCGCGUUCAUUAUUGUAUUGCUGCGGUCAGCUACCGAUCCAGAUUCUCCAGCAACUGCUCGUGUUUUUGACCUUCAGACAACUUGCAACUGGAUUUAUGAUUUAUCGGCAUUCAGAUAUUAG